UUGAACUCGCAAAGUUUCCGAUUUCGUUCUGAUUCGUUUCUCGACAAUCUUAACUUUUAUAAGAAAUACUAUCUAUAUACAUCCUAUAAGCACGUAAGAAGUAUACAAACUUUCUUGGACAAAUCGAUGUACACACGUGCAAAUUUAAUUUACUGGCGCACGAAUUUUUACUGGUGCAAUUAAAACUCACAUGUGAAUUCACCAUUAUGUACAGGCACUAACAUGUUAUUUCGCCGGUCAGGUCAGGUGAUCAAUAUCGAUAAAUAACAUUAUCAAUAACGUGAUCAAUAACAAUCUCCUCAUUGGUUGGUUUGAUUUUGGAGAUGAAGUGGAUGUGGAAACAGUUUCUGUUCAGUUCGGUUGAAAUGGCGGAACAAAGCGCAAUUGUCAAUGAGCCUGAGGGUAUUGCAGUUGAUGACCCUCCAUCGGGGACCGCCACCCCUGAAGCGACCGCCGCCCCUUCGGCGACCGUCGCCACCACUACCGCCGCCACCACUGCCGCCCCUUCAGUGGCCACCCCUGAUAUACUUAGAAUGUUGGAAGCCCUGCAAGGGCAGGUCAACGCCUUAGUGAACCGGCCGACAGCAAGCAAUGACAGGAGACCUGCAGGGCACCUCAUUGCCAGGGGGGCGGAUCAUGGCCGCGGUGGUCGCCGUGGACGAGGUGGACACCGCGGUCGUGGACGAGGUGGACACCGCGGCCGUGGACGAGGUGGCGGGUCCAAUAAUUUUUUUUAUUUUUAAUAAAUAAUUAAAAAGAUUGAUACAAGUUUUAUUUAUAAAAUUCACCUCUAUUUGUUACAUAUAAAUUACAUAAACUAAUGUUAACAUUUGGAUAUCAAUCACAAUUAAAGAUUUUUUUGUUUAAUAUAAAAGAUUACUACAAUACGUUUUAAAAUACAUUCGAGUUCACCAAAAC